UUUAUACGCAAGCGGUACUCUUGCAAAAAUAUAAUUUAUAAUUUAAGUUAAUUAAUCAUGAAAAAUGUUUUUUCUUAAAACAGCAGUAUUCAGCUUAUUGGUAAGUGCUGUUUGGUGUAAAAACUCGAGGGAAUUUCCACCUGGUUUUAUAUUUGGCGCCGCCACUGCCUCGUAUCAAAUUGAAGGGGCUUGGAACGUUAGUGAUAAAGGCGAGAGCAUUUGGGAUCGGUUUGUGCAUACCAAUCCUGAUGCAAUAAAGAAUGGUGAAAAUGGAGACGUAGCGGCCGAUUCAUAUCAUAAUUGGCAGCAAGACAUUGAUAUAGCCAGUGACAUAGGACUUCAUUUUUACAGAUUCUCCCUCUCAUGGCCACGUCUCUUGCCAUCUGGAUUUAUAAACAAUAAGAGUGAAGAUGGUAAAAACUACUAUAACAAACUGAUUGAUGGACUCCUAGCUAAGGGGAUAGAGCCUGUUGUCACCUUGUACCAUUGGGACUUGCCACAAUCAAUACAAGAUUUAGGUGGUUGGACAAAUCCAUUGAUAGCCGAUUACUUUGCUGAUUACGCUGAUUACGUUUUCAAUACCUUCGGCGAUCGCGUGAGGACUUGGUUAACUAUAAACGAAGCUAUAUCUGUUUGUGAUUUUGGAUAUAAUAGCGGUCUCACAGCACCUGGUAUUAAGGAACCUAUUUACGGCACAUAUUUAUGUAAUAAACAUAUGCUUAUCGCGCACGCUAAAGCUUAUAGAAUCUACGAUAGGUACUAUCGAUCUACACAACAUGGUAAAGUAUCUUUUGCUAACAAUUUACUAUGGAUAGAACCAUUAACACCCGCUGACGAAGAAUUAGCAGAAUUGGGAUUACAACACUCUGCUGGACGUUACUCGCAUCCAAUAUAUUCCAAGAAAGGUGGUUGGCCACCGUCCAUUGAAAGGUUCAUGGAAGACUACAGCAGAAAACAAGGAUUUAACAUUUCAAGAUUGCCGCGUUUCACUAAAGAAGAAAUUAAAUUAAUAAGAGGGUCGUAUGAUUUCUAUGCGUUCAACCAUUAUACGACGCGUCUCAUCCGCCCCGCACAGCCGGGCGAGGACACGGGUUUUUGGUUCCUGACAGGAUCACCGGAACUCAACGCUGUACUGGUCUCCGAUCCGAGCUGGCCUUCGGGAGCUUCAGAAAUGAUGUUGGUAUAUCCUAAAGGUAUGCGACGUAUGAUAGCCUGGCUAAGAAAGGAAUACGGCGACCUACCCUUCUUCAUCACUGAGAACGGAUAUUCGACAUCAGGACAUAAACUAAAUGAUCCUGACAGGAUCAAAUUUAUCAAAGAUUAUUUGGAACAGGUUCUAUUGUCUAUUUGGGAGGAUGGUGCCAAAGUUUUUGGUUACACAUAUUGGUCACUAAUAGACAAUUUUGAAUGGACAGAUGGAUAUGGGUAUAUAUUUUUAUUUAAAUAAUAGCUGUCGCCCGCG